CGACGCUUGGUGGACAAGCUGAGGGAGCAAAAUGGCGGACGACGAUAUAACGCUUGAUGGGAAACCUCUACAAUCGCUCCGUGUAGCGGAUUUAAAAGCUGCACUGGAGCAAAGAAAUCUACCCAAAACUGGACAGAAAAAUACGCUCAUAAAGCGACUAAAAGGGGCUCUUAUGUUGGAAAACCUACAGAAGUCUUCUUCUCAUGGUGGGAUACAGCCCAAUUCCCAGAUUGGAGAGGAGAUGAGCCAGAACAGCUUCAUAAAACAGUAUCUGGCCAAACAACAGGAGCUUCUCCGUCAGAAACUGGAGAGAGAGGCACAGCUGGAGGAGGAGGAGAUGGAUGAAUGCCACACUGGGGAAGAAAAGGAUAAUUUGUUGGAAAAUCCUGCUUAUGACUCAAAGCGUUCUUUGGCCAGGACAGAAGAAAGGCAAGUGGGGGAAUCAUUUGGUCAUGGUCUAAUGGCUUUUGGUUCUGGAGACAGUGUACACGGUCUUCAUGGUUUGGAGCCUCCAGGACCUGUGUUUCAACGUUUUUAUCAAGGUCAGCAGGAACUUCCAGCACCUUCUCCACCUCGUGCUGUGGCUCUGUCUGUGCGUGUGCUGGGGGAGCCCGAUUGCCAAGGACUCCCUCCUGCUGUGCCCCGGAUCCAAGAGAAGGCAAACACUGCCCCCAGUGACCCAGCUCCACCCGCGUUCCACCUGAGCCGUUCUGCUGGGCUCACAGCAUCCGCAGCCCAUGAGGACAGUGACGAAGGGGACGCGAGCGAUGAUGACAGUGAUGACGAUGACUGGGGUCCCGCAUCAUCUCGAAGGAGCAGCAGAGUCGCUCCCCAGCCGCAGCCCCCCAGUGCUGCUGCAGCCUCAGGUCGAUCCAAACGAAAGCUUCAGCCUCCACAGCACAUCCCUCCCCCCCAGCUUCAAAGCCCACUCCAGCUACGACACCCCACUCCACCUCCCUCUCCUCCACCAAAUCUUUUCCCCCUCCCUGACACCCCAAAGCAGAGUCCACCUGAUGCUGAUCCGCCCUCAGGAGAAAGGGAAAAGGGGGGCGCUCUUCCGUUGGCUGCUAUGCAAAGGCAGGACUCUGACACCAGCUCACGGUCCAGUAGCCCUGAGCCUCCUGCACAGCGCCGCCCUGGGCCCUUGUCUCUACUGGUGCACAAGAUGGAGUCAGAACAGGCACUGGAUGAGACACAGUCCACCUCAGCUGCUGAUAUGUCAGGAGAGGAGUCACAGCCUCUCGCUGGGUCUGACAACACUGUGGCUGUCAGUAAAUCCUCACUGCACAGGCUGGAUCGUAAAAAAGAACAAGAAAGCACAGAAAAGAGAAAAGGAGAAGAAGAUGUGGGAAAAAACAAUUAUGAUAAAAAUGAAGAUCAAGGUUUCCAUUUGUCAAGAAGGCAGGAGGUACCAGACACCAGCUCUGCUAAAAUCAUGCCUGAAGCCCAAGAUUCUGAUUCAUCAUCGGAUUCUGACUCGUCUUCGCGCUCAUCACCUGAAAUAAUGAACAAACCAACCAGGCAGCAAAAGGAGGCACACCAGCGACAAAGGAAGGAUGAGUUUGCAGAGUCUGAAAAGCACCUCUGGAAGGGUGAGGUGUCAGAGCCCAGUGCAGCGGCUGUCACUGAAGAGGAGCCAGACUCUGAGAGCUCCAUGGCUUUGCCAGCGGCGUCUGGGGCAGAGCCAGAGAACAGUGAGGGUCCUGUGGAGGAGAGCACCACUCCGAAGGCUUUUGCUGCCAGAAAGAUCUCCCUAACUAGUAACAAGAUGUCUCCAGCCAGUGCUGAACGAGGAGCGGGGGACACUGAAGCGGCAAAUGCAGGAAGGAAGAGGCGAUGGGGAUCCAGCACAGUGGCCACUGCCAAGAAGCCCUCCAUUAGCAUCACCACUGACUCUCUCAAGUCCUUGAUCCCUGACAUCAAAGUGAACCAGGAAGCUGUGGUGGACCUUCCUGCAGAGGAGCUUCAGUAUUCUGGAGAUGAAGACACGAUGGACAGCGCCCAUGAUGACCAGGACAAUGGCCUGAAGAUCCAACGCACAGUCACACAG